UUGGGGGGCGCGGCGUGCGGCGGCGGUGCCGCGGUCGGUACCGGGAGCGGCGGAGAUGGCGGAGGAGGGCAAGGGGGGGUACAGCGAGCACGAUGACCGCGUGGGCGGCAGAGGCUUCUCGGGUCGCAGGAAGAAAGGCCGAGGCCCGUUCCGGGGGAAGAUGUACAGCGAGGUGAACCACCGCUCCCGCAACCGGGGCGGCCCCGGGCUCCGGGCGCGGCUGGACGAGGACGACGGCGACGUCCCCAUGAGCGAGGCCCAUGACGGGCCCCGGAACCGAUACUUGCCCUAUGGGCCCAGGCCCAACCGCACGGCCAACAUUCACAUCACGGUGCGGCGUGACCUCCCCACCCCGGAGCGGAGUGGCGGUGGCGGUGGCGGGAGCCGGGAUGGCAGCCGUAGGAACUGGUUCAAAAUCACCAUCCCAUAUGGGAAGAAGUAUGACAAGACGUGGCUGCUGAGCUCCAUCCAGAAUCUCUGCAGCGUUCCCUUCACUCCUGUUGAGUUCCACUAUGACCACAACCGAGCCCAGUUCUACGUGGAGGAUGCCACCACUGCCAGCGCGCUCAAGCAGGUCUCUCGCAAGAUCACAGAUAGAGACAACUACAAGGUGGUGAUAAUUAUCAACUCGUCAGCUCCACCUCAGUCCCUGCAGAAUGAACUGAAACCAGAGGAGAUCGAGCAGCUGAAGCUCUGCAUGAGUAAAAGGUACGAUGGCUCGCAGCGGGCUUUGGACCUCAAGAGCCUCCGUGUCGAUCCAGACUUAGUGUCACAGAGCAUCGACGUGGUGCUGAACCAGCGGAGCUGUAUGCUGGUUGUGCUGCGCAUCAUCGAGGAAAACAUCCCUGAGCUGCAGUCCCUGAACCUGAGCAGCAACAAGCUCUACCGGCUCGACGACCUGUCAGAGCUGGCGCAGAAAGCCACCGGCCUCAAGAUCCUCGACCUCUCUCGCAAUGAGCUGAAGUCGGAACGGGAGCUGGACAAAGUGAAGGGGCUCAAGCUGGAAGAGCUUUGGCUGAGUGGCAACCCGCUGUGCAACACUUUCCGGGACCAGUCUACUUAUGUCAGCUCCGUCAGAGAGCGCUUCCCGAAGCUGCUGCGCCUGGACGGCCACGAGCUUCCUCCACCCAUCGCCUUUGAUGUGGAGGCACCUACGACGCUGCCCCCAUGCAAGGGCAGCUACUUUGGCUCCGAUGACCUGAAGGCACUGCUGCUGCGGUUCUUACAGCAGUACUACUCCAUCUAUGACUCGAGUGACAGGCAGGGGCUGCUCGAUGCGUACCACGAUGGCGCCUGCUGCUCACUCAGCAUCCCCUUUGGGCCCCAAAACCCCCCGAGGAACAGCCUAAACGAGUACUUCAAGGACAGCAGGAACGUGAAGAAGCUGAAGGACCCCACCAUGCGCUUCAAGCUGCUCAAGCACACGCGCCUCAAUGUGGUGGCCUUCCUCAACGAGCUCCCCAAGACCCAGCACGAUGUCAGCUCCUUUGUGGUCGAUGUCUGCGCCCAGACGAACACGCUGCUGUGCUUUGCCGUCCACGGGAUCUUCAAGGAAGUGGACGGCAAAUCCCGAGACUCGGUGCGUGCCUUCACCCGCAUGUUCAUCGCUGUGCCGGCUGGCAACACCGGCCUCUGCAUCGUCAACGACGAGCUCUUUGUUCGCAACGCCACCACAGAGGAGAUCCGAAAGGCCUUUGUCAUGCCGGCACCCACCCCUUCCUCCAGCCCUGUCCCCACGCUCUCUGCAGAGCAGCAGGAGAUGCUGGCAGCCUUUUCCAUGCAGUCAGGCAUGAACCUCGAGUGGUCCCAGAAGUGCCUGCAGGACAACGACUGGGACUACGUCCGGGCUGGGCAGGUCUUCACUCAGCUGAAGCUGGAAGGCAAAAUCCCUGAGGUGGCGUUUCUCAAGUGAGGGGUGCCCCCUCGGCUCCCGCUGUUUUGUUCGCGGCGUUUUAUUCCCCCUUUUCCUCUCCGUUUUUGUAAAUAAAUAAAUCCGUUUCAAUG